GUUAAAUGGAAAUUAACUAACUCAUCUCUAUCAGUCAAGAUGAAUAGGACUGCUUUUUUAGUGAUGAUGAUGAAUAAAUUUCAUAAAUAAUAGAGUAGGAUCCAACAGGUCGAUUUUGUAAAGUAUUUAUCAAUUUAUAACUCAGUAUAAUGAAGAAAUCGGCAAAGGGGCUUAUAAAAGUGUGUUCAGAGGAUAUGAUAAUUAAAGCGGUUGUGAAGUGGCCUGGAAUGUUUUCUAAUUGCAUACUGUUCCAGAAAGUAUUCAGAUUUCAUUGAAUUAUUGUAGAUGAAAGAAGAAGAGCAAGAUAGGAGAUUUCAAUCUUAAGUAGUUUAAAACAUAACAACAUUAUUAAUUUCAUCCAUUCUUGGCAUAAUAAAAAGAAGAAAGAAAUAAUUUUCAUAACUGAAAUCAUUAAUGGUGGUUCUUUGAAGAAGUAAUAAUAUAAAUCACAUUCCACUAGUUAUUUACGAAGAAUCUUGAGACCAAAACUAAAAGUCAUCAAAAAUUGGUGUAGAUAGAUUCUCUUAGGUCUUGAGUACAUGCACAAAUAAAACAUCAUUCAUAGAGAUUUAAAAUGCGAAAACAUAUUAAUAGAUACAAAUAAUAACGAAUUAAAAAUUGGUGAUUUGGGACUCUCCAUCUAGUAAGGAUAGCAACAAUUAUUAGAUUACAAUAAUCUUUCACUAGUUCUGUGUUGGGAACUCCAGAAUUUAUGGCCCCUGAAAUUUAUUAAGAACACUAUGAUACUAAAGUAGACAUCUAUGCCUUCGGAAUGUGUCUCUUAGAAAUGGUGACUGGGGCCAAACCAUUCUGCGAAUGUAAGGGAGGUAUCGGCUAAGUGAUCAAAAAGGUAAUGGAAUAGUAGAAACCACAAUCAAUUGAUGCAAUUCUUAACGAUAAGAUCAAAUCCAUUAUCUUAGAGUAAGAUAUCAACGUAAUCUAAUCAGAUGUUUGAAACCCCCUGAGUAAAGACCCUCUGUUUCUGAAUUGCUACUCACUCAUUUUAAUGGGUAGACCUAAGAGAAUGACAAUUUGCCAGUGGCUAUAAAUGAACAAUAUUUAAUCCAAUUGAGAGAUGAUAGCAAAAGUACAAUUGUUUUAUUGUUCAGAUUCAUCUCUUCUAAAAUGCAAUCUAUCAAACAAAAUUAUGUUGACCGCAGGAAGUAGCAAAUUUGAAACAAAUUCAGAAAUCAGCAACCAAAAACAACCUUAGUAAAUUUAAAUGAAAAAGAAAAACAUUAUUAUAUAAACAGACGACGAAACGGAUCAAGUCUUUAUGCAGUGUUAUAAAGCCUAUAUUGUAAUUUCAAAACCUCUAUAUUUUUAGGAUAAAAAGAAAGAUGAUACUUUCUUAGACCUGGAAUAAAGACAAGAAAAGGAAUUGCAAAUCUUGAAACAGUUCCAUGCCUAAUAAAAAUAGGAAUACUUAAAAAAAACUCAAAGUUCUUAGGCAGGCAUUAAAAUAUCCAAUUAACUAUUUUAAAAUUCUGGAUUUAUGUCUCCUAGAUCAUAUCAGAACUUUUUUGAUUUUCAAAAUGAGUCAAAUACCAUCAAAUCAAUAGUUGAAAGUCCAUGUAUGGAAAAGAUUGCCAAUACUAAGAUUUCUAAAUAAGGAUAACUUAAUGUAAAUAUAACAUUCAUUUUUAUAGUAGGGGGAUAGUUCAUAAGGAUUAUAAUUCUAAAUUAAUCCUUAAUCUUAAAAUGGUAUUUUGAAUCAAUUAAAUGUAGAUAAAUAAAUAGAAGUCAAUUUUUGACAACUAAUAAACAAACCAUUAAAAC